AUGGAUAUCAAUGGUCAACGAACGCACGGGACGUCGUCUGAGAUCUCCACUUCCGCCACGACCUCGUCGUCGGGGACGACCUCAAGCAGCAAGAACCCACCACAGUACGAGUACAUUUUGACCCUUCGUAGGCAGGGCCAGCUGGAAGCCCACCAGCUUGGGACCUUCUUGAGCCUCUCCAUUCGCUUCUGCGUGGAGCACUACGCCACGAAAACGUUGGAGUUGGAGCGUGCCAGUCCAUCGACGCUGCCUAAUGUCUUAACGGCCGAGUGGAAGCCCGGUAACGCCCCCCCGCACCGCUACCCAUACGACGGCAGACUCUUUGCAAAAGUAGACGCUUUUUCGGAUCUGGCGAUGGUGCUACUAUACUAUUGCUCUUUAAAGAACGAUACCCGCCAGCUUCUCUCCCUGCUUCGGCGCAUUCUGGAUGCCUUUCAGCGCACCCUUAUUGACCACCACCAGAACGUGGUGCUGCAGUUGCAGCAGAAGCAGCACCCUCUCUUCGCCAAACCAGAGCUUCCCACCGAUACGGCCUACGUGCCUGUGUUCCAGCAACAACCGUAUGUGCGUUUUUUCAGUAACCUCUUCGCAACGCUGGUACGCACUGAUGCACCAAACCGUGAGACGACAGAGCAAGUCACGCAGGCCUUUGCGGAAUUACUGCACCGGUUGUCGCCGAUGAAGUAUCCCGCAUUCGCCUUUGGAUGGUUGGAGCUUGUAAGCCACCGCAUCUUUUUGAAUCGUUGCCUGCGCACCUUGGCGCUGUGGCCGUACUAUGUUGCUUUGCUGGUGCAGGGACUGGAGUUCAUCGAGUACUUCACCCGUGAUGAGACGAUUCCGAAGAACGUUCUCGUCUUCUACAAGGCCUUCUUCAAGCUGAUGCUAGUUCUUACUCACGACUACUCGCGGUUCCUUAUCACCUACCACUACCAGUUUUGUGACGCCAUUCCACCGUACUGUGUACAGCUGCUUAACACGGUCUUGUGCUCCUUCCCGUCUGGGGUAAAGCUGCCAGAGUUCUUUCAGCGCGUGCCGGAUGAUAGCCCUGAGAUGCGGAAACCGCUGAGCACGGAUAACCAGGUGAAGUGCAUUGAGGAGAGCUUCUUGCAGCACGGCUUUGAUGGUAGUCAGUUGGCGGAGCAGAUACGCAGCGAACGCCCGAUAGAUGAAGUGUACAUGCGGACCGUCGUGGAAAAGCUGCAGUCCCUUAACACGUGGCGGUUGAUGAGCGCCGUUGUUCUCCACGUCUGCAUCGUGUACCUUGAGGAGAGUGAGCUCAUUAUCAAGCCCGACUUUGCAGAGUCAAACGCCAUGCAAUUCUAUCGCUACCUUGCUGCCACACUGGACCAUAAGCACCGAUACCACUUUCUCUGCUCCUGCGCCAACCACCUUCGCUACCCGAACUGUCAGACGAACUUCUUCAUGAAGGUUGUUCUGCAGUUGUUCCUCCCGCACCAGUCGAUCCGCAACCCGGCAACGCGGCUCUGCAUUCAGGAGCAGAUUACCCGCGUGGCGGUAGAGAAGACCCUCAUCAUUCAGCCGCACCCAUGGGGUGUGCUCAGCACGUUUAUGGAGCUCGAUGCGGGGGCCAGAGUACGGCUUCUGGGAGAAGAGUUUUAUCAGCUGCACAUCGUUCCUAGAGAGCAUGUUCCAUAA